UGCCAGGGCUCGAGACUACCUCGUCCGUCGAGGUUAUCAUCCUACGCUUGAGCCGGGAACCUUACCAAUUUGGCCACUCAUCCCAGCAUUGAUAUUCAACGGCCUCAAAAUGCGCGGGAGAGAGCUCGUUGCCCUUCUUUCGCUUGUCGCGGUCCCGCAACCCACAACGGCUACGGCCCUGGUGUCUUCCCCGGGCGAGACUUCGGCGAUUCCGGCAUGGGACCUUCAGUCUACAGCAAAGGCCGGGACAAACCUUGCGGUGCUGUCCCGGCCGGGGCUCCAUACGUCGUCAUGGCACCACGUGAGCAUCCCUAAAUGCACGCUGCUGGGCUGCUUGAUCGAGGCCGGCGUCUACAGCGACAACGAGCUGUUCUACUCGGACAAUUUGCGCAAGGUCGACCAGAGGCAAUUCUCAGUACCAUGGAUCUACCGUAGUGAGUACUCGCUGCGGCCCGGGCCAGGCAAGCACUUCUCCCUGCAGACGCACGGAAUCUCCUCACGGGCCGACAUUUUUCUCAACGGAAAGCGAGUGGUCUCGGCUUCCGAGCAGGCAGGCUCGUACGUCGGCCGAACCUACGACAUCACCACCCUCGCUGGCAAGACGAAUGCACUGGCCGUCCAGGUCUACCCAACCGACUACUACCGCGAUCUGGCAUUAGGCUGGGUGGACUGGAACCCUUGGCCGGCCGACAACGGGACUGGCGUUUGGCGCGAUAUCGAGGUCAAGCAGACGGGCGCCGUCAGGCUUGACCCGCUCCGCGUUAUGACGCAACUGGGUUCGAGCGAUGGGAGUAAAGCAGCCAACGUGACGGUGAAGGCUCGAGCAGUCAACCUCGAGAACUUUCCCGUCACGAUCACGGCGGUUUGUACCAUUGGGUCGGUUUCAGGAGCAGGACCGGGCGUGCGUUCGACGAAGACCUUGACCUUGGCCCCUGGCUCCGUUACCGACAUCGUUCUAGAUGCGGUAGUCGAGAGCCCUUCCAUUUGGUGGCCACGACAAUGGGGUGAUCAGCCGCUGUACGUGGCCAAUCUAACCGUCCUGGCCAACGGCUCCCUCUCGGACUCCGCAGCCAGCGAGUUCGGCUUCCGGACCGUGACACGCACGCUCAACUCGUUCAACGACACGACCUACUUCAUCAACGGCCAUCCCUUCCAAGUCAUUGGCGCCGGCUACUCGCCCGACAUGUUCCUCCGCUGGUCUGCCGCUAAAUGGGAGGCCGAGCUGCAAUACGUGCUCGACCUCGGCUUCAACACGGUCCGGCUCGAAGGGAAGAACGAGCACCCGGCGCUCUACUCCAUCGCGGACCGGCUCGGAAUCAUGGUCAUGGCCGGGUGGGAGUGUUGCGACAAGUGGGAAGCGUGGAGCUACAACAACGACUUGGCCGUGCCGACGCCGAUCUGGAGCAACGCCGACUACGCCAUCGCCAAUCUCAGCAUGCUCCACGAGGCCGCCAUGCUGCAGCCGCACCCCUCGGUGCUGACCUACCUCAUCGGGAGCGACUACUGGCCCGACGAGCGCGCCACGGCCCUCUACCUUUCCGCCUUCCGUGCCGUGGACUGGCAGACCCCCAUCACCCCCUCUGCCUCCUCGCGCGGCUUCUCCCCGCAGACUGGACCGUCGGGCAUGAAGAUGGACGGGCCCUACGACUGGGUGCCUCCCAACUACUGGUUCGACACGGCCACGGACGGCUCCCACCUCGGCGCGGCCGCAGGCUUCAACUCGGAACUCUCGGCGGGCGUCGGCACGCCGGAGCUCUCCUCGCUGCGCAAAUUCCUCUCUCCCGCCGACCUGACCGCGCUCUGGCGCCAGCCCAACGCCUCCCUCUUCCACAUGUCCCGCGACCCGUCCACCUUCCAGACCCGGACCAUCUACAACGCCGCGCUCUGGGCCCGCUGGGGCGCGCCGACUAGUCUGGACGACUACCUCCUCAAAGCCCAGAUCAUGGACUACGAGGCCACCCGCGCACAGGUCGACGCCUACACGGCGUUGUGGGGCACCGACACUGCAGGGAGCCCGGACUCGGACUCGGACGAUGAGACUACGGGGACUAGGCCGGCCACGGGCAUGGUCUACUGGAUGCUCAACAACGCGUGGCCGGGCUUGCACUGGAACCUGUGGGACUACUACAUGCGUCCUGCGGGGUCGUAUUACGGGGCGAAGGCCGCUGCUGGGGAUAAAAAGGAGAAUGUCGUGUUUGACUAUGUGCGGCGGGCCGUGUGGCUGGUGAAUCGGUCGCUGGAUCAGCAAGGGAAGAGGAAAGUCGAGCUGGAGGUCUUGCGGCCCCGAGAUGGGAAGGUGCUGUACAAGGAUGUCGUCGCUGUGAAUGGUGGUACCAGGCCGAAUACCAGCCAGAAGGUGGCGUCGUUGGAUGUGGUGCUGGGAAAUGUUACCGCUUCUGAGGAGGUGGUGUUUCUGCGGUUGAUGUUGUUGUCGGAUAAGAAGGCGGGGAGUAAGGAGGUGUUGAGUCGAAACGUGUACUGGCUUCCGCGGGGCUUGGAUGAGCUGGACUGGGAGAACUCGGACUGGUAUGUUACGCCGGUGAGCAAGUAUGCUGACUACACGGCGCUGAACAAGCUUCCGGCCGCGAGGGUGUCUGCGGCGGCUGUGGCGGAAGGGAAGGAUGGAGUUGCAGUGACGCUGGAGAACCAUUCUGGCCACCCGGCCUUCUUCAUCAGCCUGAGCCUCGUGGAUGGCAUGGGACGGGAUGUCUUGCCCCUGACGUGGGAGGACAACUAUGUCACGCUUUGGCCGAGGGAGAGGAUGACGCUGAGAGCCAAGGCGGUGGUAGGUCAUGGAAAGUGGGAUCCCGCUGCCGUGCAUGUCUUCGGCAAGAAUGUAGGGAAGAGCACGGUGAGGCUGAAGAAGAAGUGAGUGGUGGUCGGUUGAAACGAAGUGUGGGACUUGGGGGGAAGAGUCCAUGAACAACGUACUACAGCAUUCAGCGUCUUAAUAUCAUUCAUGGACUCACCGUGGACAGCUACAAGGCAAGUAGAUGCUGAGAAACAACACCCCGUACAGGGAGUUCACGAA